AUGUUUGUUCGUAGUCACGCUCCGUCUUCACCUGGCAUGACGUGCCGGGCCUACUCCAACUCAAACGACUGGGACAUCAACGACAGUUCCAUUCCUAGAAUAGAAGAAUUCGACCAUUUUUCUGAAUGGGCAGAUGGACAUUGUCGUCUGGUAUAUCGAGCUGAUAGCGAAGAAGCCAAAAGACAUUCUUCUGGAUGGGCUAUGAGGAAUACCAACAAUCACAACGUCCAUAUUUUGAAGAAAAGUUGCUUAGGUGUCCUUAUUUGUUCUUUGAGAUGCACCUUAUCCACUGGAGAAAAGGUGCACUUGAGACCAGCCAUAUGUGACAAAGCUCGCAAAAAACAGCAAGGUAAACCUUGCCCAAAUCGACAAUGCACGGGUCGUCUAGAGAUUCAACCAUGCAGAGGACAUUGCGGAUACCCAGUAACUCAUUUCUGGAGGCAUACCGAACAUGCGAUUUUCUUUCAGGCCAAGGGCGUUCACGAUCACCCAAAACCUGAAGCUAAAAGCACUUCUGAAGCAAGAAGAACGUUAGGAAGUGGUAGGAGAGUUAGAGGACUAGCUGUUUUAUUAGCCAAAGAGGCUGCAUUAGGAAAUAAGCUGAUGUCAUUAAGAGAACCAAAAAGACAAUGUAGAGAAAUUACCAACCAAGUUUCAAGAAAUCUUAGCCAGCCUUUAUUAACAACGGAAGCAGACAAAGGUUAUUGUUCUUGCCCUCCCUUCGAGUGUAUCUGCAGUUACCAACAAUCGGUACUACCAAAUAUCAACCAAUUUCCUACAUCUCCAAAUACAUACCAACAACAGCACAUGCCAGAAACAUAUUGGGCUCAAGAACCAACAAUUCAGCACUACCAGGCUCCUAUGGAACAACCACUGAGUAACCAUCAGUAUGACUUCACCAACAUUUCAACUGAUCUAUUUCAACCGGAAGAAAUAUUCCAAAUGGAUCAACCGGUAAAGCCAGACUACGUAAAUCAAAUCAAUCAGAACGACGUUGCUCGAAGUCCACCAACUUUAUUGGAUCUGGGCAGUGGUACUAUACAUAAAGAAUUUAAAACAGAGGAAUACUGGCAUCCAACUUUUGGAAAUAUGUUAAACGAAGAUAGUAAUAAUAGUAGUAAUAGUAAUAGCAGAUUUAACCUUAGUCAAAGUCCAGAUAGUCAGUUGUUACUUAAUAAUAAUGUAUCUCACUUACACCAAGAUUUGUACUUAGAAACCAAACUAGAAGAACCUAUCUUCAAGCAUCAUUACUAUCCCCACACAAGCAUAGAACCAUACAAACCUAAUACGAUAGAUCUAGUUCAGCCCAAACCUUAUAAUUUAGAUGACAAAUCUUUUCCAAGUUACGAUUCCUAUUCAACUAAGACUUAUACCAAAUCAAGUUAUCAAGAUGAGUAUAUAGAUCUUGCUCAAUACAAUGAAUACAAUCAUUUUCUAAAUAUUUAUGAUAAUAAAAUAAAUAACGAUAAUAUGCUUUUUAAUGACAUAGAAUUUAGAGUUAAUAGCUGUGUUUCUAAUAUUAAUAAUGUAAGUAGUUUUAGUCAUGACAACUUUGAUGUCAUCUCUCCUCCGUAG